AUGCGAGCGUCACUCUGCGCACGUCUUGUCCUCUUGCUCGCAGCUGGUAUAGCCCAAGUGCAUUCCCUCCAGAUAGAUGUCCCUUCCGAAUGGGAACGUCGAUGCGAAAUACCCAUAACCUUCACGCGUGAGACGGAAGAUGACCCAGAGACGUUUGCCUUGGCAUAUAUCAUCGAAGAUGACCCACAGUUCACGAGCUUCUUUGCCACACCCACUGAUACAGGGUUGACUCCUCAAACAGUACUUUUUGCUAUUGCUUCUCCAGGGGUGUUUGGUAUCGAAGCUAUGGAUGUCAGCAAGACCGCGGUUCUGGCCACGAGCACACCAUUCUCGCUGUCAGACUCAAUUGACCCUUGUCCGCCAGUAUGA